AUGCCCAAAAACCAUGACCUGGAACAGGAGGAGGUAGGGGACGUGGAAGAUCUGAUGCACGUCAUGCGCAGUGCAGCCAAUGAGCAGUCAGUCCUGGUUCGCGUCUACAGCAUUGACCAAUUAAGUGGCAUUGGGUUCGUCGCGAAAGGAAGCUCGCUAUCGGCGCUGUCUGACCCCGCAUGCCAGGUGGGCAAAGAGCUUACAGCAAUGUGGACCAGUAAUCUCCUCUACUAUCAUUGUGUCACGCUGCCUUUUCUGUGCUUGGGUAGCUAA